GUCAAACGAGAUGCUGUCGUGGAGAAACAGCAUCUACCACUGGAAUCAAUCGCUGUUGCAGAGAAUGUCGCGCCAGCUGUCAUUGAGCCCAUUGAACUACCGCACUCACAUCGACUGACUAUUAGCGUGCAUCAACAAAUCGGAAUAGCUCUACUGUUGGGCUACUUGUUCAUGCUACUGGUGGAUCACCUAAGCACUCCCGUCCUGGAGUCGUCCUGUUGCGCAUCCGGUUUACAUCGCCUUGCCAGUGGUUGUUGUCCCCGUAGACUGGUAGACGCACUUGGAUCCACCGUACGAACAAACCCAAUUGUUUCGAACGAGGCCGGGACUGUAGCUGAUGCCGGUGUUGUGGGUGGUGUUCCGAUCGGCUCGGGUAGAAGGCGAGCUACCGCUACCGUGGGUUUGGUCUUUCACUCAUUCGCUGACGGAUUGGCUCUCGGGGUCGCGUUCGCCGUGCAUCAGGUCCAGUUAGAAAUGAUCAUGUUUUUGGCGAUUAUUCUACACAAGGUAAGUGGAUUUUGUCAGUUCGGUAUUAAAAUGAUCAGCGAACCUUAA